UGUGUAGUGCCAGUGGGUUCUGUCUGGUAGAGGACACACAUGUGGUCAUGAUGGACACCAAGGAGGGAGCCUGUGCUUAUGUCCAUCAUUUCACCUUGUUUGAUCUUCAGGCUCGAGGGUUUGUCAGACCUUUCUGUAUGUCGUAUGUCACCACCGAUCGCAGCAAAAUCAUGACGAACCUGGAAGAGAUGAUGGCAGAAUUCAAAAAGGUGUCGAGUGUGUUUAAAUAUGGGAACCGUCUGAUGUUUGUCCAAGAACUGGAACACAGGCUGGCUGACCUGCAGUACACCCGAGACAAGUAUGAGCAGUGGCAGAAGCAGAAGGAUUCUGGGAAGCUGACCUCGGUUGACCUGGAGGAGGCUGCUGUACUGGACACUGUCUCACUGGUCACGCUGGACAGAGUCACUCAGGAGACAGUGGACAUACUCAGGACAGUCAGACCUUCACUGAACAACCCCCGACUUGAGAGACACUUCAGGAGACUCCAGGACAGGUCUCAGGCUCAGGCUGUCAGACAAGACGCUUCUUCUGAAGAUGGUUGCCAUAGCAACACCUCCCACGGUUCUGAAGAGGAUGGAGGGAAACUGGGAAUGAUGCCAGAGAAUGGAAUGCCGUAUGUGCCAAAAGUGGUGAGACCCGACAGCAGCAAACAGUUUGACCAGGAGCUGAGGAGGCUGGACCAGCUGUGUGGUCAGGGGGAGAGGGAGGGGCUGAACAGGCUCAGGCAGAUACAGAAGUUCUUCAGCAGGGACUCCAUGGCUGUCUGUAUGGAGAAGAAGGAGUCUAAGCUGAUAGACCCCCCUCCAGGACUGCUUACCUUCGGGCGAUGUGUUGCCAUGAACUUCCUACAUGACCUGGACCUGCAGUGUGCAGGAGGCUGCUGGCCGCUGGGACAGACCGGCAGGACAGAGCUGCAGCAUCCGGCCAGGAACCUGUUCAGGAGGUGGAUGUCGAGUGAGAGUUUGUCCAGUCUCUACACGACCGACUCCUUCCAGUCUGGGCUGGAGUCCCGCGGUGCCACUCACAGUCUGGACCCCACCUUCCUGCCAGCAUCUUCGUACAAGUCCAUAGAUUCAGUGUACUAUGAUUACGAGGAAGAUGAUGACCUUAACUAUGACACAGACAGUUUAGAAAUCUUUAGCAGCUCCGAGACGAGCGGCACCAUGCAUUUCUUAGAAGAAACGACCUUGACUCUGCGACCUUCUACUGUGGUCAACAUCGAGGAAUCUUCCCCGUUCCACGGCCUCCUUAGCACAGCGAUCGGGAGGCGGGACACUCUGACUCCAGACCCAUACCACUCUCUUAAGGACUCCUCAUCUUUCUCAGAGGACCUACUCUCCAACAACAGUAUUGAUAUCAUUGAGGACACGGAUGAAAUGUUUCCCAAGGAGUUAAGGAUUUUAAGAAGGAGGAGUAAGAGUGAAGGAAACGACAGUGUGGACACCAUUCAUGGCGAAUCUCCUUCUAUUGUCGAGGAAGACGACAAGAGAAGGGAAACUUCCUUAAAACACGACAUACAAGAACAUGUACUCAAAGAAACUCCUGAAGAAAAUAGAACUGAUUGUCUUGAGGAAGCCUCAAUGCAGCAAAGUCAAGACAAACAGGUGGAAGUUCCUUCUGAAACAAAAAGUAGGAACCAUACAAGAGAAGAAGAGGAAAAUAAAACUGAUAAUCUUGAAGAAAUUUCAAAGCAACAAAGUGAAUCAGAGACCAACAGAAGGAAGUGUACACGGGAAGAAGAAAUGUGCAAUAAUAAUGUUUCAAACGCCAGUGGUGAUAAGAUUGAAGAAGCCAUUUUGCCAGGGGACCGUUUUGAGCCAAGUGGAAACUCAGAAUAUGCAUCUGCAAAAUCCUCUGUUGUAGAAGAAUUCAACACGCCAGCCCAGAACACUCCGCGCAGCUCCAUCAGCAGCAUGAGGAGCGAUGUACAGCAGGACACUGCAGGCUUACCUUUGCCCUAUGACCUGACCCAUGACCUGGGGUCACAGGUUGGCAGUGCGGCCAGCAGCAUCAACAGUACUAGUGACUGUUACUCUGUUCCAGAUUCGCCCACAGACAACAGGUUGGAGACCCCACCAGAAAACAGGCAUAGAAAAAAUGGAGCGGUGGCUGUCACCAGUGUGGGCAGCACAGGCUCAGAGAGUGCCGGGGGCAGCUGGCCAUCCUCUGGGGAGGCAGGCACAGUGGAGUCCAGACACAUCAGAAUGAGUGUGUGCAGUUACGGUGACCACAUCUGUAACUUUGGCCCACAGCUGCCAGGCUAUGGUGUAGUCAGGUUCAUGAAGCAGUACGUGUUCGCUGCUCAUGUCAUCUAUGCACUGCUGACAGGCCGGCCACUGGUCGUCCUGGGGCUGCCGAGACAGGAGAGGGAAGUGCGAGGCCUGGUCACCACUCUCAGCUUGUUUGUCCCGGGCUUCUCCAAUCGGUACCACACGGUGACCCCGUGGCACACCAGCCCCCUCUGUCUGACUGACAUCUGCAGCACAAAACUCAUCGGGCUGGCCAAGGUGAAACCUGCAGAACGUAUGAUUCCCAGCUCAGUCAAGAGAUACGUGUCUGUGUUUGACUGUGACAAGAAAACACUGACCACUCCUCAGUACCAGGGAACCUAUAUCAAUGCUAUUGUGAGCAGGAAAAAGGACUUCAAGGUGGAUGAGCCAUAUAUAGGAUAUAUACACAGCAUGCUGCUAGAGCUUGCAUCCAAGGCCUUUCUGUACUACCACUCCUACUGCCUUAACUCACCCAAUGUGGAAAAUAUGCAAAGCCAUGAUGGAGAGAAACUACAGAAGAAGACUGCUGCAGGUUUCUUAGGAAAGCUGGGUGUGCAAGAUGGGGAUGCCAAGGUGGUGGAGUACCUGGCAGAAAUCAUCAAACAGCAGCAGGUCGAUGACCUUCUCAUCAGGCAUGACAAGCAGGCUCGAUCUAGAGAUUCCGAGCUGCCCCCUCCCCCCAUCAGGACAGAGUACAGAGCCUGCUCCCAGUAUAGGGUCUGAUCUGCAACCCGCUGGCAUUACAGAGCCUGAUCUACAAUGUACAACCUGCUGCCAGUACAGGGUCUGAUCUGCAAUGUAUAUCCUGCUGUCAAAGGAACUCAGGGCUAGCUGCAAUGUUUUACUGCUCUUCUGGAGCCAAAAAUGUCAAGCCAUAUGUUUAAAAUACAAGAAUCAUCAUCAUCACCAUCUUACCUUUGCUCAUCCAGGUUUUUCCAUCAGAUGCCAAGUCAACAUUUAACUCUGGAUUAAGAUCUCCAUCUGUGUUCAUGAUCAUAAGUAAGGAAUAUAAUUUGGUGGUAAGCCUCUGGUAUGGAUUGCACAAACUAUAUAUCAUCCUCUGGAGGUCUAAAUUCUGAUGCAAAAUGGCAAAAAUUGCUCUUGUGAUGUCUUACAACAUUCUUGCCAUCUUGUGACACUUUUGUGACAAUAACAACAACAUAUAAUCUACUGACAGACAAGAAAUUCAGUAGAGGAACGGAUCAAAGGCAAAGCAUAUUGAUUUGCAGGUUUUUUUUCAGCCAUAAGGAGUAGAAUGGAGAAGUGUAAUGUACAUGAAAUGUAUUUAAAAGGCUGCUGAAAACGGUGGGAGUAUGGGGGAUAUAGGGUAGCACAAACAAGUGUGCAAAGAGUAUCAAAUUACCUGAUUUUCGUACCAGAAUCUAACAGUUGAAAUGUAUGAAGCAAAGUGUUUUCUAAAGAGAACGCCAUAUUUCACCAACACACCCUAUGCGUACUGGAGUCUUGUGUCAAGAUGAAAGGACAUAAUUGUACCAGUACCAGACUCUAGUACUUUGUAGAUCUAUUGACGGUCUUGUACUUUUAUUGUUGGGUAAGGUACACAAUAAAUGAUGAAUAAAUUCCAUUUAUUCUA